AAUAAAUAUAGAGCUAAUAGUUUCAGAUCUCUUAAUACUGUAGUCUAUAUAGUGAACACCUAAUGGUUUUUGUUUAACAUAUGCAAUGUAUGAUAUAGGGAUUUUGUUAAUCAUAAUCAUAACACAGAUUAUUCACUCAUGACACAAGUAUUAGAUGUGCAAAGGCAGCUGCAAUCUUAAUAACUUGAUGAGUAGCCAGUUAUGUUUGCAGUCUUGACUGGAUUAUUGCUUAGAGGGGCCUAAAUCGUUUUGUGCUGACAGAGGGUCAGUGGUAAUCCAAGGUGGGUCUUUAAAAGCACCUUCGCAGUGCUUGGAUCAGUUUGUAGCAAGGUCCAUACCUGUAUCUGAACAACAAAGGCAAGCAACACUUCAAGCAACGGCUCACAAGCAACCGCAACGAUGAACGGCACAGAGGGUCCCAACUUCUACGUCCCCAUGUCAAAUGCGACUGGGGUGGUGAGAAGCCCCUUCGAAUACCCACAAUACUAUCUUGCUGACCCAUGGAAGUAUUCGGCACUGGCAGCCUACAUGUUUUUUCUUAUCCUCACUGGCUUCCCCAUCAACUUCCUGACCCUCUAUGUCACCAUCCAGCACAAGAAGCUCAGGACCCCUCUAAAUUACAUUCUGUUAAACCUGGCUGUGGCUGAUCUGUUCAUGGUUUUCGGAGGCUUCACCACCACAAUGUAUACAUCGAUGAAUGGCUACUUUGUCUUCGGGACCACUGGGUGCAACAUUGAAGGAUUCUUUGCUACCCUCGGAGGUGAAAUUGCUCUGUGGUGCCUGGUGGUGCUGGCUAUCGAGAGGUACAUAGUUGUCUGCAAGCCCAUGAGCAACUUUCGAUUCGGUGAAAACCAUGCCAUCAUGGGAGUUGUAUUCACCUGGGUAAUGGCCCUGUCUUGUGCUGCUCCACCUCUUUUCGGCUGGUCCAGGUACAUCCCAGAAGGCAUGCAGUGCUCCUGCGGAAUUGACUAUUAUACUCUGAAGCCUGAGGUGAACAACGAGUCCUUUGUGAUCUAUAUGUUCAUUGUCCACUUCAGUAUUCCACUGAUCAUCAUCAGCUUCUGCUACGGCCGCCUGGUCUGCACCGUCAAGGAGGCUGCCGCCCAGCAGCAGGAGUCUGAGACCACCCAGAGAGCUGAGAGGGAAGUCACCCGAAUGGUCGUCCUCAUGGUCAUCUCCUACUUGGUAUGCUGGACUCCUUAUGCUAGCGUAGCCUGGUACAUCUUCACCCACCAGGGAAGUCAUUUCGGCCCUGUCUUUAUGACAGCCCCGGCUUUCUUUGCCAAGAGCUCUGCCCUUUAUAAUCCUCUCAUCUACAUUGUCAUGAAUAAGCAGUUCCGUCACUGCAUGAUCACAACCCUUUGCUGUGGCAAGAACCCUUUCGAAGAGGAAGAAGGCUCUGUUUCCGCGUCCAAGACAGAGGCUUCCUCUGUGUCCUCCAGUUCUGUCUCUCCAGCAUAAAAAAUCUCUCUUCAAAGCGGCUAACAAAUACACCGUCAAUGAAAUAUAUUUCUGCUCCCGGUACCGAUUGAAUGCUCUAUGACUACAGAAGUAACAGAAUUAACUUUUUGUAUUUUUUACAAAGCAGUUUAUUAAACCGAAAGAGUGUUAAACCAGAGGACGGCACAUUCUGUCCAAAUGACUGUUGUUUCUGUAUGUACAGUGAGUCCAAUAUAAUGAUGUAUAAGAUAUUUUAGGAUAAAGGAAAAUACCUUAAAACUUUUAUAGUUGGGCUCUACCUGUAACCAGCUUUAUCUGAUUGUAGAGGCAUGUAAUCAAUGCAACGUAAAAUAAACAGCACUUUGCAAAUAUAUAACUUUGUUUCUCUUUUAUUGUCCACCAACAUAUUCUAUAAUAUGAUUUGUACUAUAUAUGACCAGGAACCUGGUUAUUUAUAAUGUUCAUAAGGAUUUAUUUUAAACUAUGUGAGGGUCACUAAAGCAGCAAAUUGCUUAAAAAAAAAAAAAAAAAAAAAAAAAAAAGAAAUGCUAUUUAUUUCAAAUGUCAGUACAACCCUUGUUGGUUUUCAAUUGUGUGCAAUACACACUUUCCCCACUGAGGGUAAUUCAGUGCCUGAAUUUAUGUUUAGAAUUAUGAUUACCAUGCGUCAAAGUAUAUCUCUUACAACUAAGUCACCUCCAAUUUCCCCUCCAGCAGUUUUAAUUACCUUAUAUUUCUUAAGAUGGAUUAGGCAAUGCAUCCUUUUUCAUACUAUUUAGCUUUACAUGCAAGGUUAUUGAAGUCUAACAGUGACCUUUACAUUGAUUUGACAAUCUAAAGAAAGCAAUUCAGAACUUUCUGACAUGGAUUGUAGAUAAAGAUUACAAUGGAUAUCGUCUAGCUGAAAAACAUUAUGAAAAUUAAACACACACACACACAAAAACUGAAUUUGAUUCAAGUCUUUUUGAAGUAUCCUUGAAAAACAGAUUACAUUCCCACACACAUCUCCUAGGUAACAUUUCCUAAUAGCUGAUGCAUAUCUAUUCCAAAUCUUUAAGAUCUAACUAUGGGUACAUUUACAGAAGUGGUAUGUAAUACUGUAGAACAAGUAGCACAUUUUAAUGGGAGUAUUUUUCCCUUGUGAUAUUAAGGAAUGUUCAAACUACAUCUGACCUAUACAGGAGCAAAUCUAGAUUUUCAUUAAGGGGUGGGGAGCAGACUGUCAUGAAGAGGGGAUACCUGAUACGAAACAUGCUGUUAAAGUAAACAAUACAUUGACAUUUAAUGAAGGGGGAGUGUGGUAGUUGUU